GAUGUCGUUACAGUUUAUAUGUAGCGUAAACAAUUUGUCUUAGUUUAGGGUCGAGUAGGUAGGAUAGCAUCUAGCAAUGGCUUCUAAGGUAAUUGCACUUGGUCAAAAUGAGGCUGUAGAACUUACGGUAGAACGAAUGAAUAAAACAAAAAUACAUAGAAAGAAAGAUCAGAAACGUACUUCACCCACAGCAAAUUUUAUUUCUGUACAGAAAGUUGAGAAGAAAAGAUCUACAGAUAGCAAGGAUAAAAGCUGGUGUAAUACUUUUGCAAAGCAAAAUGAAUUAUACUUUAAACAAGUGCAAUCUUCUAAACAUUGCAAAACUGAAGAGGCUAAAAAAAAUUUAAAUAUUAAAAAUCAGCAGAAAAAAUGUGAUAACCAUACAAAUGCAAAUUCAUUCAAAAAAAUAUCUUCUCAAAAGAAAUCUGAAGAUCAUUCAAAAACACGAUGCUGUUGUUCAGUUCUCGUUCAAGAUCGUGCUAUACAACAUCCUGAAAUGUAUGAUAAUGACAAAUUUGAAUCUAAUCCAAUACAUAUAUUAGGUUCCUUAAUGAAAGAGUUAAAAGAUUUAGUGAGAAAAGAUAAAAAAGCCUGUGAAAUCUCUAACAAAAUAGAACAAGUGUUGUCAAAGAUAUCUGCAAAUCCUGAAAAUUUAUUAUCUGAGGAUUUAAAAAUUAAAUUAAAAGACAGUAAAGCUCAAAUUGAGGAUUCUAGUGAAAAGAUAAAGAGUAUAUGGGAAUUGCAGAUGUUAAAAGAAGACAAAUUGCGCAGCCAAAUUCGAGAGCAAGAAAAUUACAUAAAGGAAGUUGAUGAGAAACAAGCAAUGUUAGAAGGCCAAGCAAAGAUGCUUAAAGAACAAUGGGAAGAAAUAACUCGCACAGCAGAAGAUAAAAAUAAAGUGAUAUUGAGAUUAAAACAACAAAUCGAAAAAAAUAACGAAUUAUCAGAAAGAGUAAUAUCAGAUUUAAGAGCAGAUCUGGUCAAGCAAACAGAACUUGCAGAAAAGAAUUAUAUUAAUACUCAAUACUUGACACUAGAGAGAGAUAAAUAUUCAGAAUUAUGCUGUCAAAAAAAUACGCUAAUUAAAGAUUAUCAAAAUAUAAUAAAGAAAUUACAAAAUCAGAUCGCAAAAUUGGAGAUGAAUGAAGUGAAGGUACGAUCGGCUAAUACAUCGACAGUUCAUACAGUACGGGCCUGCUCAUCUCCUACUUCGAGUUUUUCCAAUCGUUCUACUGAAUCUUGGGAUUUAUCGAACAUUUCUUCAGUGAGGCACGAAACUCGAGAACACAUUGCUGUAGACGCGACCGUUAAAGACUCUGCACAUUUAGAACUCGUUAGUUUACUCGAUGGAGAAUCGUCACAUACUAUACUUGAUUCUUACCAAAAUCAAGUUACAAAUAAUAAAGGAGCAGCAGCGCAAAAUAAUAGCGGUAUAAAUACAAGCGGUGUGAUAGGAAGAGGAUCUUCAUUUCAUUCUUUAAAAAAGGAUUACAAUAAGGAAAAUGACGUAUAUAAAGCGAGAAAGUUUUCAAGAUCUGAGGAAAUACAAAACAAUAUUAAAAAAAAAUCGUUUCAUGAUUCAAAAAUUGUAGAAAGUAUUGCAUCGAAUAGAAUACCAGUCAGUGUUCCGAGUCCAGUGCGGGAUUAUCCACAUCCUGAUUGGAGUGACACCAGUUUCAGUACGGUUUCCAACUUGGACAUGGUGUCGUCGAAGAAUGAUUAAUUGUACAGGUGGUCACAUUAAGUGAAAUUUACUCGAUUUUCCAUAUUAAAUGUUUAAGAAGAUAAACUUUAUUAUUACUAAAUAAUUUUUUUAAUACAUAAUGACACGACUGAUUUUUAGUCAGAUAAUUAAUUCCAUCCAUUAAUUUUCUAGAGUACAAAUGUAGUUUAACUCUGCUUCCUAGUUUUGGUAUACUAGGAUUUCACCAGCGAUUUAAGAAUUAAAGUGAGGAUCAUUAGAGCCUUAAAAUUUCCCCGAAAAAUAAUUGUUAUAAUUACUAUUUGAACUGAAAAUAAAUAAUUACUGUCAUAAUUAUUAUUUGACUGAAUGUG